AUGAUGCGGUACUAUGGUGUCUCUAAAGAGGGUCUCUGGGGCAAUUCUUGGUGGGAGUCGGGUGCAAUUAUGACUGCUCUGGCGGAUAUUUCAUCUCUUGAUUCAAGCUAUAACGGAACUUAUUUCAGUACCUAUUCAACUACAUUCAACAAAGCACCAACAAAUGACAGUCACCCCGGAUUCAUCAACAGCUUUUACGAUGACGAGGGAUGGUGGGCUAACGCUUGGGUGGCUGUGUACGAUCUGACCAAGAACCCGGAAUACUUGAAUAUGGCAAUCAGUAUCUAUGAUGACAUUAAUACAGGCGUGGAUACUCCCUGUGGUGGAUUAUAUUGGGCAAAAGGUAAAAAGUACAUUGCAUCAAUUGCAAAUGAGCUCCAUAUCACUUUGGCUGCAAGUCUCGCAAACCGAGUCGGCUCCGAUCAAAAACAAAACUAUGCAGAUGCUGCAACCGCAGGCUGGGAGUGGUUCUUUAAAAGUGGCCUUGUCGAUGCUGACUGGCUGGUUGUUGAUGGAAUGAACAACGAUACAUGCGAACCGACUGGAGCAAAACGUUCAUAUAACCAGGGCGUUAUCCUUAGUGCCGCUACAGAAUUAUACAAGGCCACUGGAAAUUCAAGCUAUCUUGAACUAGCUGGAAAUAUUGCCAACGCUACAACUGCUCUAAACUCCACAAUAACCGAUGCAAACGGGCUGAUCAAGGAAUGCGACGGAGGCUGUGAUACUCAAGGUUCCAUGUUUAAGGGUGCCUUGUUCCGGGGCUUGCACCAACUGCAGCUCGCUGACCCUCAUGAUAAUUGGAAGAGUUUCAUCACAACAAAUGCCAAAGCACUUUGGAAUAACGCAUUGAAUGUUACCAAUGGUCAAUGUAACACCGGCUCCGAUUUUAGAGGUCCUAUGACUUCUGUGAAUGAAGUCACCCAAGGGGCUGCUCUUGACGUCCUAGUUGCAGCAUGGGCUGUUACAUCUUAA